AUGGGAGGAGGUAUUGCAGGAUGGAUUACUCCAGGCUGGAUGACUUACGAAAAGAGUUUGUCACCACAUAUUUCAACUCCAGGUUAUGUGAAGACUAUGUUGAAGGAGGGAGAGAACCCAAAGCCACAAUUGAUUGAAGACUGCAAGCCAUAAUGCAAGUAUUGGAAAGAAAAGUUAGAGAGAUGCGAGACCCAGCUCGAGAAAAUCAUCAAGGUCAACCCCACAAAGUCAUGCAUGUACCCAAUGAGAGACUACGUCACUUGUGUCGAAGCUUGCGUUCAACCAAUCAUCCACAACAACCUCGUCGGCACUGAUUGA